CCCAUCAUCCAAACCCAAGCCAUCAGUAACAAGUCAUUUGGCUGCAAUAACGACUGAGUCGAUGGGUCGAUCAGGCUUGGCUGUUCUCCUGGCUUGUGCCGUCCUCAUCCUAGCCACGGCCGAUGCUGCCCCAUGGAAGCCCAAGAAGGUGAAGUGCCACAAUAAGAAGGAAUACCCCACCUGCACCUACCACAUGUACUGCCCAGAGAGCUGCCCUCGAUCUUGCUUCGUGGACUGCUCGCUCUGCCGUCCAGUUUGCAGUUGCGACAAGGGUGGUUCAGUGUGCCAAGACCCCCGCUUUGUCGGCGGUGACGGCAUCACCUUCUACUUCCACGGCCGGAAGGAUCGCGACUUCUGCCUCCUCUCCGACUCCAACCUCCACAUCAAUGGCCACUUCAUUGGGAAGCGAGGCCCCAACAUGACCCGAGACUUCACCUGGGUCCAAUCCAUCGCUGUGCUCUUCGACGAUCACCGUCUCUACGUCGGUGCCCGGAAGACCGCGACGUGGGAUGAUACUGUUGACCGCCUCGCCGUCUUCUUCGACGACGAACCCAUCUACCUCCCGACCGAGGAGGGUGCGAAGUGGCAGUCGUCGGUGGUUCCGGCAGUGUCCAUCGUUCGAUCAAGCGGCACCAACGCAGUCACGGUGGAGGUCGAAGGAAUGUUUAAGAUCGCCGCUAACGCGGUCCCGAUCACGGAGGAGGAGUCUCGGGUGCACCGAUAUGGGGUGACAGCCGAUGACUGCUUUGCUCACCUUGAUUUAGGAUUCAAGUUCUAUUCUCUAAGUAACGACGUGCAUGGGGUCUUGGGGCAGACGUACAGAGAGGGUUACGUCAGCAGGGUGAAGGUAUCAUCCAACAUGCCGAUCAUGGGAGGGGAGGACAAGUUCUCCACGUCUGAUCUCCAUGCCGCUGAUUGCAAAGUUGCACGCUUCGGGCGUGGGGAUGCAGGCAUCACAUUGGUUGCAGACCCAGCUGAUGUCAGGUGUUCGAGCGGCAUCACUGGCCGUGGAAUCGUCUGCAAGAAAUAAGGGCCAUGGUUGUCCAUACGAUAUGUACAUCGUACAUUCAUAAUAUCAUUUACGCGAAUAAGGAUCUAAUUACCAUAAGCUUGGUAAUGAGCUCAAGCUUUUAGAAUAAGGUGUUGCUCAUUGAUUUGUGGGCUCCCUAUGGUCUAGUAGCAACUAGCCGGAGCACUGUACGCCUCGUAAUUAAUUUCACAAAUAAAAACUCCACAAGUUUUUUUUUUUCCUUAAUGAAA